AUGUGUAUUAUUGUAAAAUACUCACAAUGUAAUCUAUUUUUUCAGGAUGUGUUACGAUGCAGACAUGUUUUGUGCAUGCUCUUUAGCAUUGUUGUGCAUUUUAGAUUGUCGUCGUUUGUUUCUGUAUGUGGUGUACGGAUUAUGUGUAACUGUAUUAAUUGUUCAAGAUUCAUUCAUAAUAUUAACUAA